AUGCAGGCCCGCGUCGUCGUCUUCCCCAUCAGGCGCGGCGCCUGGUGCUUCGUGCGCCCGCGCGCCCCCGCCCCCGCCACCGCCACCUCCGCCUCCGCCGCGGCCCACGGAGCGCUCCCGCCGCCGCCGACGAUCAGGGACCUGUGGCGCGGGAUCUCCGCCGGAGGACGCACCGCGCCCGAGAACGCCGAGGCGGUCGCCGACUUCGUCGCAGACAAAAUGAACACCGCGUGGAACGGGUUCGGGAGCGCGCCGGCGGGGUCGGUGAAGGGCCGGAUCCACAGCUUUGGCCUCAAGCUGCUGUCGCGGGUGCGGCCGUCGGAGAUGCUGCUCAAGUCGGUGACCAAGGACGUGUCCAAGCUCGACAUCGUGUACCCGGCGAGUAUAAAUCCUCGUCUUGUGCGUCGGCGGUUGCGGCACAUUGCUGUUAGGGGUGCUUCUGUUCACAAGAAGUGGCUAUACGCCUCUAUUUGCUUGUUGCCAGUUACCAGUGUGUUCAUGGUACUGCCUUUACCAAACAUACCAUUCUUCUGGAUGCUGUUUCGCUCUUAUUCUCAUUGGAGAGCUCUGCAGGGAAGUGAGAGGCUCCAGCUGCUAGUCUCAGAUUCCCCGGGCAAAUGGAAAGCACUUGCUGAUAAGAAAAAGGGAAUUAGUGAAGGAAAGGAUGGCGACAAAGAGGUUACUCCUUGGAAUUUGCAGCCAUCAAAGAGGCUUGCUGGGUUCCUUGAAAGGAGAGGCUUGGAUGAGGGUUUGGACUGCGACACUAUUUCCAGCAUUUGCCAGGAGUACAACUUGGACAAGAUCGACGUUCUGAAGUACAGGGAUUUGGAAUGGCCAAGCUCAGCUUCUCGCUCGACCUAGGAGUAUUUGUUCACUGACGACUGUACUGUUCGACACCUCCACUGAUGAUAACAUUCUGAAGGGUGCAGGAGCAGCACCGGACUGCUAAUAUCCAUCCAUGAUCAGGUGUGGACUUUUCUUUUUUGCUAGGUGAAACAUGGAAGUUAUUUAACCGGUGGCAUGGUGGGUUCUGCUGUGACCGCCUAAGUCUGCUGCUAGUUUAGAACGUUGAGAAACGGAGAGGACCUCUGAAACAGUAGCUGCCCAUGGUGACUUGUUUACUUGUGUACCCACUGUGUAAAUAGAGGUGGUGGUAACAUUUGCAACCGCCGUUUCUUUCCCGUUUCAGCACCUCUAUGAGACAGUGAGGAGAUUUGUCUGUCUACUCAAGUGAACAGUUGGGACUGAGAUUGACAAUAACCUUCAAUAACCUUUUCUUUUUCUCUCUAUACAUCUGAUACCAUCCAUCUUUGGUCAGCUCUGAAUCUAAUGUCGGAUUUCAAAGUAUGAUAUUUUUGUCUCUGCAAGUAAGCAACUAAUUUGGUCUUU